AUGUCUCUCCCAGAGGACAUCCCUCAACCGGAGAAUGGCUUCUACGUGCUCGUCACGGGCGCGAACAGCGGCCUGGGCCUCGGAAUCGGCACGCGCCUGAUUGACGAAUUUCUCCAAACGCGCCCUCAAUCUGAGUCGCUCGUCCUCAUCAUCACGACGCGCGACAAACGCAAAGGCGACGCGACGGUGCAGAAGCUGCGCGAGCAUCUGCAGAAAGUAUGUCGCAGAGUCGAGCGCUCGGUGCCGGGCAUGGCGAUGGUGCUGCAGCGACGCGUGCACUUUAGGCAGGAGAUACUCGACCUGCUGAGCUUGGUGUCGGUGCAGCGGCUGUGCAAGAGGCUGCGCCAGACGACGCCGAAGCUUGAUGCGGUUAUUUGCAAUGCGGGGAUAGGCGGCUGGACGGAUCUGAACUGGCCGCUGGCGGUGUGGAAGAUUCUCACCGACUGGAAGAGCGCGGUGACGUUUCCGACCUUCAAGCUCUCGGCCGUGGGGUGGAGGGCGAAGCCGCAGAUACCGUCGAGCUCUGGAGAGGGUGGGAAGAAGGUGGAGGAGCCGCCGCUGGGAGAAGUCUUCUGCGCGAAUUUCUUCGGGCAUUACCUCCUGGGGCACUACCUCGCGCCGCUGCUUGCGCGGCAUGACGAGCGCGAACAGACACGCGGCAGGCUGAUCUGGGUCAGCAGCCUAGAGGCGUACGAGCACGCGUUCGACAUCAACGACAUCCAAGGCCUCGCGGGAAAGCAGCCCUACGAGUCCUCGAAGCGACUGACCGACCUCACAGCCAUCACGUCACGACUACCUUCCACCUCCCCGCUCGUAGACAAAUACCUCGCCUACCCCAAAGAACCGCCCGAGCACACAACAACGAAGCCCCGUAUCUACGUCUCCCACCCCGGCGUCUGCGGCACCGCUAUCUUCCCGCUGCCCCUCGUCCUCGACUACCUCUGGUUCAUGGCCAUGUUCAUCGCGCGCUGGCUCGGCAGCCAGUGGCAUCCCGCGACGGUGGAAAAGGGCGCCUGUGCUAUGGUCUGGCUGGCGCUCGCGCAACAAAGCUCGCUGGAUGCAAUGGAAGAGCGCGAGGGCGUGGGCAAGUGGGGCAGUGCGACGGACUGGUGGGGACGGGAGCGUGUGGAGCGCACGGAGGUGGAGGGCUGGGGAUGGGGCGGCAGGGUCGGCGAGGCGAAGAGGAAGGGCAGGAGUCCGUAUGCGAGGGAUUUGACGGCGGCGGAUAGAGAGGCGUUUGAGGAGACGGGGAGGAGGUGCUGGGUGGAGAUGGAGAGGUUGAGGGGGGAGUGGGAGGGCAGGCUGGAGGAGGCGGGCGUGGGCGUCGCCAUGGAGUAG